AUGCCGCAUCAUCCCCCCAAUGCCUGCCAUCAUCCCCCAAUGCCUGCCAUCGUCCCCCAGAUCCCCCAUGCCGCAUCACCCCCAAUGCCUGCCAUCAUCCCCCAAUGCCUGCCAUCAUCCCCCAAUGCCUGCCAUCGUCCCCAAUGCCUGCCAUCAUCCCCCAAAUGCCUACAUCAUCCCCCAAUGCCUGCCAUCGUCCCCCAAUGCUCCAUCAUCCCCCAGCCUGCCAUCAUCCCCAAUGCCUGCCAUCAUCCCCCAAUGCCAUCAUCCCCCCAAUGCCUGCCAUCAACCGCCCCACGCCUGCCAUCAUCCCCCCAAUGCCUGCCAUCGUCCCCCAAUGCCUGCCAUCAUCGUCCCCCAAUGCCUGCCAUCAUCCCCAAUGAUCAUCCCAAUGCCUGCCAUCAUCCCCACGCCUGCCAUCGUCCCCCAAUGCCUGCCAUAUCGUCCCCAAUGCCUGCCAUCGUCCCCAAUGCCUGCCAUCCUCCAAGCCUGCAUCAUCCCCCAAUGCCUGCCAUCGUCCCCAAUGCUUUGCCUUCGUCCCCAAUGCCCAUCAUCCCCCCAUGCCACAUCGUCCCCAAUGCUUGCCAUCAUCCCCCAAUGCCGCCAUCAUCCCCCCAAUGUUUGCCAUCGUCCCCAAUGCCUGCCAUUAUCCCCAAUGCUUCAUCAUCCCCAAUGCCGCCUCAUCCUCCCAAUGCCUGCCAUCAUCCCCCAAUGCUUGCCAUCCCCCAAUGCCUGCCAUCGUCCCCAAUGCCUGCCAUCGUCCCCAAUGCCUGCCAUCAUCCCCCAAUGCCUGCCAUCGUCCCCAAUGCCUGCCAUCAUCCCCAAUGCCUGCCAUCAUCCCCCAAUGCCUGCCAUCAUCCCCAAUGCCCAUCAUCCCCACGCCAUCGUCCCCCAAUGCCUGCCAUCAUCCCCCAAUGCCUGCCAUCGUCCCCAAUGCCUGCCACUAUCCCAAUGCCUGCCAUCAUCCCCAAUGCCUGCCAUCAUCCCCCAAUGCCUGCCAUCGUCCCCAAUGCCUGCCAUCGUCCCCCAAUGCCCAUCAUCCCCCAAUGCCUGCCAUCGUCCCCAAUGCCUGCCAUCAUCCCCCAAUGCCUGCCAUCAUCCCCAAUGCCGCCAUCAUCCCCCAAUGCCUGCCAUCGUCCCCAAUGCCUGCCAUCGUCCCCAAUGCCUGCCAUCACCACAUGGUUAAGACACCACACACAGGAACAACCUCCUUCCUCGUACCUUGCAUGA